ACCUUAGUAUUGAAUUUUCAGAGAGAAUAGUGAUGAAUAUUAAGCUUUCAACUCUUGACAAAUUUCUCCCUUGGACUAAUUUGCUCUUACCUUAGUUUUGCCGGUGAAGCUUUCAGGUCAGUCGGCGGUGAAAUUUUCAGGUGUUGAUACUUUGAUAGCAUUUUAGUUUAUAACAAUAUGGCAAAUGUUUGUGAAAGUUGCAAGACUUUAGAGCGAUACGAAUAUUGGAAUGAGAUCCCAUCCGAAAAGCAGAAGUUCUUCAAGGUGAUGCUUGGAAACUUUGAGCAUCAGCUGAGAAUUCCUAGGAAAUUUAUUAAGUGUUUUAAGGGGGACUUAUCAAGCUCAUGCACACUUAGAGGGCAAAGUGGACAUGUAUGGAGAGUUGAAAUUGUUGAAACAGAGGAAGAUGUCCUCUUUUCAGAUGGUUGGGGGAACUUUGUGAGGGAUAAUGGUCUUAUGAUGGGUUAUUUCUUAGUCUUUUGCUAUGCUGGUGAUUCGUCGUUUGAGGUCUCGAUUUUUGAUACUACGGGAUGUGAGGUUGAAGGUUCGCACUUCGCAACGAACAUGAAUUUAUCCUCUAGAACUUGUAGAAGUCUCCUGCACUAUGAGAAUGGUCAAUCUAAAGGCAAGAGUAAAGUAGAUGAAAUGACUGAAAGCAAAGACAGGAAAGAAAGAGCUUCUACUCAAGAGGGGUUUACUAGUCCUAUGCUAUAUAAGAAAAGGGGGAGCUCUCAAGGGGCACAAUCUAAAAAGUUCUACAUAUCUCAAAGGCGGAAGGUCACAGAGAAAGAAAAGCAAUGUGCCUCUAACAGGGCUAUUAAGUACAAGAAACAUAAGAGCUUAAGAGAUAAUAUGAUUGAAAUCAUUAUGCUUCCUACACAUGUCUAUCAUGGUUUUCAUCUGACUGUCCCUAAAGAAUGGGCAGUAGAACAUAUGCUUCCCGAGUCUCAUGAGGGCAUAUUACGGGUCCCCAGAGUAGAGAAGAGCUGGAAGGUCGGAUGCAGAUGGACACCUUCACAGUGUCAGAUCAUACGAGGGUGGUCUACAUUUGUUCUGGACAACAAUCUUGAAGAGCGUGAUGUUUGUGUGUUUGAGCUUGUUCAGAAGGGAGACUCAUGUAUCAAGAGAAACCCCAUCUUUCAUGUUCACAUAUUUCGGGUUGUUCGAGAAGUAGUUCCCUUGACUGUAUCCAGGCGUCUUGUCUAGCCACCUCUGCAACGGAAGUCUCAAGUAAAUUUUUUUAGCUUAUACUAUCGAACUAGUUAGAGCAUUCGCAAUCUAAUUAGAGCACAUAUUUACAGCUCACGAAGGUUGUAAAUUAUAAUAGCAUUACUGUGUCGUAAAGAUCGUCUAGCAAAACUUUUAUGGAUCCUUUCUGUGAUUAAAAGAGCGAUCCGGAAGCGUCUAUCUUAGUACUUGGAUGAAAUCUUUCGGAAUGAUGUUUUAGAUUAUCUUUAUGUAUGGGUGUAAUUGUCAUAUAGCGAUCGAUUAAUGAUAAUUUCCCUGUUUCAAUA